GCGGCUGUUUGCUGCUGCUACACUGAGCUCGUUAGAUUCCCCCUUUGUCUCUUCGCUUUACUCCACUCGCUUUUCUUUAUUCUUACGCUCGCCCAAUCAAUUUAGGGUGGCCGACGCCUCCCUCUCCUUCCCUCCAUUUCUUUACUCCACGCCAGAUUCUUCCUUAUCUUGGGUUCUUCCACCAUUCCGCUGCCAAUCAUUCUCCAAUUUGAUCUUUUCCCCUUCCUCCUCCUGCUCGCGGUUUCUUGUUCCUGAUUGGUGAUUUUUGCGCCGGUGGAAAGGCGAAAGAUUUUCUUGGAAGGCGAUCUUCGGAGUGGCUUCGUGGUCUUCUGAGCUGCUUGCUUUCUUGGACAUGGGAUUGCGGCCCCAGGUGGCGCAGCUGGCCUCGUGGGAGGGUUCCAAGGAAGGAAGUUCGAAGAAGAAAAGGAGGAAGAAGAGCAAGGACUGCAGUAGCGGCAAGAGUGAGGGGACGAGUUGCUGGAUGAAGUUUCGAUUGAUGGGGGGCUGCGUCCCUUCCAGUUCUAGAGACAAGGUGGAUACUUCCAUCAGCAGCGCAGCCACUCAGUGCGAAAGUAAGUCGACUAAUGAUGGUAGUAGGGACCAACCAGUUGCACCAAUGGCGUCUGGUUCUACUACCACGAGUAAUGCUGAAAGUAAUUCAUCUAUGUCGAAAGUUGGGGAGGAGCUUAAGGUUGCAACUCAACUGCGGAAAUUCACCUUCAAUGAGCUCAAAUCAGCAACAAGAAAUUUCAGACCUGAAAGUCUUCUUGGAGAAGGAGGAUUUGGUUGUGUAUUUAAAGGAUGGAUUGAGGAGAAUGGAACUGCUCCUGUGAAACCUGGUACAGGGCUUACUGUUGCUGUCAAAACUCUUAACCAUGAUGGACUUCAAGGGCAUAAAGAAUGGCUGGCUGAAGUUGAUUAUCUUGGUCAACUUCAACAUCCAAAUUUGGUAAAAUUGAUCGGUUAUUGCAUUGAAGAUGACCAACGACUGCUAGUGUAUGAGUUUAUGCCUCGUGGAAGUUUAGAGAACCAUCUAUUUAGAAGAACCCUUCCUCUACCAUGGUCUGUAAGAAUGAAAAUUGCAUUUGGAGCUGCAAAGGGUCUUGCUUUUCUUCAUGAGGAAGCUGAAAGACCAGUGAUAUAUCGCGAUUUCAAGUCAUCAAAUGUCCUGUUAGACGUGGAUUACAAUGCUAAGCUGUCAGACUUUGGGCUCGCUAAAGAUGCUCCUGAAGGUGAUAAAACUCAUGUGUCUACUCGAGUGAUGGGUACAUAUGGAUAUGCAGCUCCUGAGUAUGUUAUGACAGGGCAUUUGACUUCAAAGAGUGACGUCUACAGCUUCGGAGUGGUGCUACUUGAGAUGAUGACAGGAAAAAGGUCGAUGGACAAAAACCGGCCUAACGGAGAGCACAAUCUUGUGGAGUGGGCGCGCCCACACCUUGGAGAAAGGCGCCGGUUUUAUAAACUUGUUGAUCCUCACUUGGAGGGCAAUUUCUCCAUCAAAGGUGCACAGAAAGUAUCCCAACUUGCACAAGCAUGUCUCAGUCGUGAUCCUAAAGCGAGGCCACUGAUGAGUGAGGUCGUUGAAGCCCUCGGACCCAUUAUCAACCUCAAAGACCUAGCAAGCUCUUCUUAUUUCUACCAGACCAUGCAAACAGAACGCUCAAUGACACAUUCCAAUAGCUUGGGUGCUAGAAAUGGAUUGAAACCACAAGGUUCAUUCGGAAGACAAGGACAACAGCCGACAAGGAGCCUUUCACAAGGUUCACAUGCUUCACCAUAUCGCCGGUCACCAAAGCCCAAUGUUAGAUGACCAUCGACAUACAACACUCAAGGAUCUGAAAUAGCUUAGCCAAAUUAAAAACUUUGUAUUGUUGUAGAUGAUUCAUCUUUGCAAGUCCAGUGGGGGUUGCUGUGGAUAAAAAUACUAUGCCAUUUGAUAGCUAGAGUGUCUUUAAAAUGCAACUCUGAUGAGUAUUUAUUUAUGGUCGACGCAACUUUGUUU